UUCAUUGUAACAUCACUCCACACAUGAUUCUUGUAUAGGACAACUAAUAAUUAUGAGCUUCUUACCUAUAAAACGUAAGACUGAGAAGUAGGGCAAGUAUCCCAGUGCCAUUCAUUGGAACAUCUCUCACUCUCACACCCUCCUUACUUGAUUCAACAGUCUAACCCAUCAACAUGUCAGUGACCAAAAGCUCUCCUCAGAAACAUGUGGCUGUGUUGCCAUUCCCAUUCGGCAGCCAUGCCUUGUCUCUCUUGACUCUGGUUCGCAGAUUAGCAAAAGCUGCUCCAAACGUUCACUUCUCAUUCUUAAACACACAAAAGUGCAACCAUUCACUCUUCUCCGCAGCAAAGCCAGACGAGACCUUGCCCAACAUAAAACCCUAUGAUGUGGCCGAUGGAGUUCCUUUUGGCCAUGUUCUUUCCCCAAAUCCUAUUGAGGCUGUGGAAUUUUUCAUUAAGGUCUCGCCACAGAACUAUAAAAGAGGCUUAGAAGUGGCUGUGGCAGAGACUGGUAUGAAAUUCUCUUGCUUGAUCUCCGAUGCAUUCUUGACAUUUGCUGUGGAGGUUGCCGAGGAUUUGCAUGUUCCAUGGAUCCCAAUUUGGUUUUCUUUGCCUUGCUCUCUUUCAGCUCAUGUUUAUACUGACCUUAUACGCCAACGUUUUGCCAGUAAUAAAGUUAAAGAUGCAACCUUGGAAUUCAUUCCAGGAUUGUCUCAAAUGCGUGUUUCGGACUUAUCUGAAGAGGUGAUAUCGGAGAAGUUGGAAGAGACAACUUUCUCACACAUGCUGAGUCAAGUUGGGUUGGUAUUACCACGAGCUAGUGCUGUGGUGUUGACCUCUUAUGAAGAACUAAACCCACCUCUUAUCAAUCAUGAUUUCAAAACAAAGUUUCGAAAUGUGCUUAAUGUGGGUUUUUUCACACUAUCGCCGCCAUCACAGUCGGGUUCGGAUUUAACAGGGUGCAUAUCUUGGUUAGAUGAGCAGAAGGAAAGGUCGGUUGCGUAUGUAAGCUUUGGAACUGUGGCUUCACCACCUCAAAAUGAGUUAAUAGCAUUGGCUGAGGCACUGGAAGAGAGUGGAAUUCCAUUUCUGUGGUCUCUCAAGGACAAGAUAAAGAGCCUCUUGCCCAAAGGGUUUGUUGAGAGAACUGGAAUGCAAGGGAAAAUAGUGCCAUGGACACCGCAGGUAAAAGUUCUAGCUCAUUCUUCAAUAGCUGUGUUUAUGACUCACUGUGGUAGCAACUCUGUGUCGGAGAGUGUUGCAUAUGGUGUGCCACUGAUCUGCAGGCCGUUCUUUGGUGAUCAUCACAUGACUGGAAGAAUGGUAGAGGAAGUAUGGGGAAUUGGUGUCAAAGUUGAGGGUGGAAUUCUCACUAAGAGUGGAUUGCUCAAGAGCUUGGAACUCAUUUUGGGACAUGAAAAUGGGAAGAAGAUGAGAGAUAAGGCCCAAGCUCUCAAACACACAGUACAAGCGGCUGCUAGCCCGAAUGGCACUGCUGCAAAAGAUUUCAUUCAUUUGGUGGAGCUAAUAUCUGUGCCUUAAACAGUAACACUUGGU